CUCACAAUUUCUCAAAACUCUUUCUCCAAAACAAAACACAAUGUCAAAGAACGGUUCAAGAAACUGCUUAGGUUCAAUGGAAGACAUCAAGAAAGUGUUCCAAAGGUUCGACAAGAACAACGACGGGAAAAUCUCAAUAGACGAGUUCAAAGACGUGAUUGGUGCUCUCUCUCCCAAUGCUUCUCAAGAAGAGACCAAAGCUAUGAUGAAAGAGUUUGAUCUUGAUGGUAAUGGAUACAUAGACAUGGAUGAGUUUGUUGCUCUCUUCCAAGUAAAACAAGAUAAUGAUCAGAUCAAAGAUUUGAAAGAAGCUUUUGAUUUGUAUGAUUUGGAUCGUAACGGAAGGAUCUCGGCUAAUGAGUUGCACUCGGUUAUGAAGAAUCUUGGUGAGAAGUGUUCGAUUCAAGAUUGUAAGAGGAUGAUUAGUAAAGUUGAUUCUGAUGGUGAUGGUUGUGUUGAUUUUGAUGAGUUUAAGAAGAUGAUGUCUCAUGGUGGAGCUUGAUCAUGAAGUUAAUCUUUUUUUUUUUUUUCCUUUUUGUAAAUAUGGGAUUUUAUGAUUUCGUUAAACUAAUAAUUUUUAGGAAAUAAUUUAGGUUAAUUAGAAGUUUAAGUUUUUAGGUUUUAUUGAUUCAUAGAAGGAUCUCUCUAUGUUGCUUCUUGAAUGGUUCUGACCUAAUGUUAGGGGAAGUGUUGAUGACCUAAUUAUUAAUGGAUUUUUAAGUUUAUAAUAUAAGCUUUUUUUUUAGUUUGACAAUUAUGAA